ACAUUGACACUCAACUAUCCAUUAACUACGCACUCAUCAACAGUCGAGAUCACUGCUCUCACGCCCACUCCAUAAGUCUUCAAGUUUUUCGACUUCUUACUUCACGACCUUCAAAAUGACUGGCGGCGGAAAAUCUGGUGGCAAGGCCUCUGGCUCCAAGAACGCGCAGUCCCGUUCGUCCAAGGCUGGUCUGGCGUUCCCCGUUGGUCGUGUUCACCGUCUCCUGCGCAAGGGCAACUACGCCCAGCGUGUCGGCGCCGGCGCUCCCGUCUACCUGGCUGCUGUGCUCGAGUACCUCGCUGCCGAAAUUCUCGAGCUGGCUGGUAACGCAGCUCGCGACAACAAGAAGACGCGUAUCAUUCCCCGUCAUCUUCAGCUUGCCAUCCGCAACGACGAGGAGUUGAACAAGCUCCUCGGUCAUGUCACCAUCGCACAGGGUGGUGUGCUACCCAACAUCCACCAAAACCUUCUGCCAAAGAAGACACCUGGCAAGGCCGGCAAGGGUCCCAGCCAAGAGCUAUAAACUGCUCACUGACUUCUUCUGAUUUUCUGCGCUGCUUC